GACCGUGGAGCCGAAGGAGGGGAGGGAGGGGGCGUGGCUCUUACAUCCUCACGCGUCUCUCUCUCUCUCUCUCUCGCUCGCUUGCACACUCGCGCGCUCCCUCCGAAUCUCCGCAGACGCAGGACUGACAGCCCGCAUCGGACCGCCGGCAGCCCCCCGCGAGCAGCCAGCUCUCCCCGUUCCCUCCUUGAACUUUGCCGGCGUGUUUUAUUUAUGAGCUCCCCUCCCUCCCCCUCGGCACAGGGGGGCACCGAGUGGCGUUGAGCGGUCUGCAGGAGUGCGCGAGGAGCGGAGCGGCGGCGACUAUGAGGACAGCAUGAUCGCAGUGCGGUGGGUGCUUUUUGCUGCAGCGAGCUCCGGCGUGACGCUUUCAGCCUCGUCUGUUCUGUCUUUUCCGUUUUCAGGACUCGGCGGCCCCGCCACGUCGGAAGUGGGGGUUGGCGGGGAGGUCACUCGGCCCCGACGGCUGCUGCGGCACGGGCACACGGAUGACGAGGUGCCGCACGGCCGGCUGGACACCAGGGUCGGGGCGCAGGGCCCGGGGACGCCGCCGAUUCAUGUGGCACAGGCCAGCUUCCUCGUCAACGCCUUUGGCCAGUCCUUCAUAUUGGACCUCGAGUUAAACCACCACCUGCUGUCCUCCAAAUACAUAGAGAGGCACUUCGAGGGCACCCAAGCUGUGCAAACGGAGGGGGGCGAGCACUGCUACUACCAUGGUGAAGUCCGGAAGGCCAUUGGCUCCUUUGUGGCUUUGUCCACAUGCCAAGGCUUGCAUGGAGUUUUCUCUGAUGGCAAUGUCACCUACAUCAUUCAGCCAACACCUGGCAGCAGUGAACAGGAUGCCGAUCUCCAUGUGAUAUACCAGACCCCCGGCCUCCUGCGUCUGAGCCCUCCGUGUCCAGACUGCCCCGAUGAUGAUGAUGAUGAUGAGGGUCUCCUGUCGGAUGCUAGAGAUUUGUCUAACGAGCCGCAGCGGAGGUCCAAGAGGCAGGUGAGCCGUGUGCAGCACACCGUUCAAAGUGAGACCAAGUACAUUGAGCUGAUGGUGGUGAAUGAUCGGCGGCUGUUUGAACAGUUUCGACUGAGCAGUGUCUUGACCAGAAAUUUUGCCAAGGCUGUGGUGAACCUGGCCGAUAUGAUAUACAAAGAACAGCUCAACACCAGGAUUGUCCUCGUUGCCAUGGAGACAUGGGCAUCAGGGGAUCUGGUGCCCAUUGCCGAUAACCCCCUAGUAACUCUGCAGGACUUCAUGAAGUACAGAGUGGACAGCAUCAAGGAGCACAGUGACGCCGUCCACCUGUUCUCGGGGAAGACCUUCCGGAGCAGCCGUAGUGGCACGGCCUACAUUGGUGGCAUCUGCUCGCUCAGCCGAGGUGGAGGCGUCAAUGAGUAUGGGAACGUGGGCUCCAUGGCCAUCACGCUGUCACAGAGCCUGGGCCAGAACAUUGGCAUGAUGUGGAACAAGCAGCGGAGUGCAGCAGGGGAGUGCAAGUGUCCGGACUCCUGGCUGGGCUGCAUAAUGGAGGACACUGGGUACUACCUGCCCAAGAAGUUCUCCCGCUGCAGCAUCGACGAGUACAGCCGCUUCCUGCAGGACGGUGGGGGCAGCUGCCUCUUCAACAAGCCCCUCAAGCUCCUGGACCCCCCAGAGUGUGGCAAUGGCUUUGUUGAGACUGGAGAAGAGUGUGACUGUGGCUCACCCAUGGAGUGUGCCAGGAGCGGUGGAUUGUGCUGUAAGAAGUGCACCCUCACUCAUGAUGCCAUGUGCAGCAAUGGGCUGUGCUGCCAGGGCUGUAAGUACGAGCCCCGGGGUGUGGUGUGCCGAGAGGCGGUCAACGACUGCGACGUCCCAGAAUCGUGCACCGGAGAUUCCAGCCAGUGUCCUGCCAAUGUGCACAAGCUAGAUGGCUACGGGUGUGAAGCUGGCCAGGGUCGCUGUUACAAUGGGCAGUGCAAGACUCGAGAUGGGCAAUGCCGCAGCCUGUGGGGGCACAGCUCCGCUGACCGCAUCUGCUAUGAGAAGCUGAACACGGAAGGGACAGAGAAGGGCAACUGUGGCCGAGAGGGCGACACCUGGGUGCAGUGCAACAAGCAGGACGUGCUGUGUGGAUUCCUCUUCUGCAACAACAUCAGCGGGGCGCCACGGUACGGGGACCUGAGCGGGGAUGUCACCAGCGUCACCAUCUACCACCAGAACAAGUACCUGGACUGCAGGGGUGGACAUGCCAUGCUGGACGAUGGGACUGACCUGGGUUACGUAGAUGAUGGCACGCUCUGCGGCCCCAACAUGAUGUGCUUGGACCACCGCUGCCUGCCGCUGUCCUCCUUCAACCUGAGCACUUGCCCUGGCAGCAUGGAUGGCCGCAUCUGUUCUGAGCAUGGGGUGUGCAGCAACGAGGUGAAGUGCAUCUGUGACCGGGACUGGACUGGCACCGACUGCAGCGUCUACGACCCGAUCCCUAAGCCCAAGCUGCCCGGAGAGCCCGAGAAGUACAAGGAAACAUCCGAAGAGGAAGGACAUCUCUGCAGGAAUGAGCAGACCGUGUGGAGGGCUGCACUCUGGAUGACGGGGACAGUCUGCACUCCUUGUCGAGGCUCCUGGAGCUGUGAGAGAUGGCAGAAGACAUUUGAGCGCCCGCCUGCCCGCCGGGAGGCCCCUUCACUCUUUUUUUUGUUAGUCUGAACUCUCUUCUAAGACCGAGGACACGCUGCUACUCCAUACUUUCCCACUCGCCCCUUUCAGCCACGGCCAGCGCAGCAGCACCGAGGGGCAGCGUUCUAUGGUGUGCCACCCGCGCAGGCUGUCAGGGGCAGAGGAUUACAUUCCAUCAGGUUUGUUCAGAGGUGACUGCCAGCCCUGCGGAGGAGCCACUUCCAGGGCCAAUCCAGAUGACCAAACACAGAGAUACUGCCACCCCUCGCCCACCCGUACCCCCCCCCCCCCCCCCCGGAAAGAGAGAGAGGAGCACUGGUCCCCUCAGUCCACACAGGCUAUCCCGUGCAGAACAGCAGGGGGUGCCCCAGCCGUCCAAAGCCCCAUCGAGCUAUCUGAUGGGGGCGAUGCUGGGUGUGCCUGACACAACUUGGCCUUUGCAGCCGUCUUUCCUUCUCGGACCCUGUGUGUCUGCUGGCAUGCGCUGGCGCUGCCUUACUGCAGACGAACAGAGUCUCAAAACUGCCCGUGGGUUCAUGCCUCAGCCUGCCCGCCCUCUGCACUGAAGUACCAAUGUGCUUGCUAAUGUGCCCAAAACGAUCAAUAGAAAGAGAUGGGAGGGUGGCAAUUUGUAGGCUGGCAAAGGAUCAUGGGUAAGGGCAAAUAUGCAAAUAUGGGCAGCUGCUCCUCCCUGCCUUCCUGUGUGUGGAUUGGCAUUGAGCCAAGCGGGUUGGCGUCGUGUGAGGAUUACUGCCCACUGGAGCAGUGCUAGCCGCUGUCCAGGCCCCCUGGCACUGAGUGUACAUAGCAGACAUAUAAGACGUGUAUACGAUAUAUAUAUAUAUAUAUAAGUAAGUAAAUAAAUAAAUAUAUAUAGGGAGCGAGAGAGUGCGGACUCGACACGUGGCGACCUGCAGCGGCCCUCACGGCCACGGACCUCGGGGGCGCCGCUGGGACUUCAUCGGCUCCUUCGUCGUCAUCAGGCUCUAAAUCUCCCCUGCCAGCCGGAGCGGGCACACCUGCGCUUGCUCUCGUCUCGAGGUCCUCCACCCAGCCGGACCCUCUCAAGCCCACCGGCAGGCGGAGCGUGUGAUUUAAAACGGGGAUGGAGUCGCACUCGGAUUCCAUAGGGCUGGCCCCCCACCAGUGCAGAAUCUCAGGAAUUUGAAUUGUGAUGUUCUCAAAAGGCGCUAUAUGAAGAGCAGCACUUACGGGGACGUGAGCCCUAAGCCGUGGGUGGGCCGUGGGUGGGUGACACCCCGACGAGCAGACCAUUCGCUCGCGUCUCCGUGAAAUCCACACAGAGGACAAAGCAAAGUGCGGCCCACCCUGCCGCUAUUCUCAGGGCCUCCGGACCCCCUGAAUUAAAUCCUUAGGACCGAACUCCCUGGCGUGCCCCUUGGGGGUCUGGCCGCUGUCUCGCUCGACGAGCACCUAUGAGCACAACCGCUUUGUUUUGUACGCGCGUGUAAAUACGGCGGGCCAGCCGCUCCGACCUGUACAUUUGUUUCUAGGCCCGCGUCUCCGUGUAAAUAGCGCAGGGAAUCCGGCGGAUUGACUACGUCGGGAAGAAGGGGGCUUGUGGGGACUGCAUGACCCUCGCUUGACCCGCCGUCUCCCUCAGGCAUCGGACUGGCCAGCUUUGUACUGCAUCACCAGAGGACGCCCGUCGACCGCCAUUUGUAAAGCCAUGUGUUAACCGAGUCGUGGAUAGAACUACUGCUGAAUGUAGAAUAAAGCUGAGAAUAUAUACACCUGCCAGGC